AUGUCUAGCGGCACUGCCAACCGGAUCAAGGAUGGCGCUCGAUCAGCCGCCACGAAGGUCGAAGAAGCAGCGAGCGAGGCAGUGAACAACCCUGUCCAAGCCAAAAAUGACUUCCUCCAUCUUCCUGUCGUGCGCGCCGCUCUCCCCUUUGUCAAUGGAGGUCUUGCAGGCAUGUUUGCAACUGCGUGCAUUCAACCCAUAGACAUGGUCAAAGUGCGCCUACAGCUGGCGGGCGAGGGUGUGAAGACAGGUCCCAAGCCCACGGCUCUGGGGGUCACAAGAGACAUCAUUGCUCAAGGGAAGGUGCUGGACCUUUACAAUGGUCUCUCGGCGGGUCUGUUGAGACAAGCAGUCUAUACCACCGCAAGACUAGGGUUCUUCGACACCUUCCAGAACACGCUGCAGGCACGGGCUGAGAAGAACGGCACAAAGGUCACAUUCGCGGAGCGAGGCGCGGCCGGCCUUGCAGCCGGUGGUCUGGCUGCCAUGGUUGGCAACCCUGCUGAUUUGGCACUCAUUCGAAUGCAAUCUGAUGGGCUGAAACCCAAAGAAGCCCGCGCAAACUAUAGAUCAGUAUUUGACGCCUUAACUCGCAUUGCCAAAGCCGAAGGCGUCACGGCUCUCUGGGCCGGAGCCUAUCCCACUGUCAUCCGCGCCAUGGCUCUCAACUUUGGUCAACUCACAUUCUUCGCCGAAUCCAAGACUCAGCUCAAGCAUUACUUCCCCGACAUCUCAGAGUCCACGAACCGCUUCGGCGCAUCCGCGAUUGCUGGGUUUUUCGCCUCCUUCUUCAGCUUGCCGUUUGAUUUUGUCAAGACGCGGUUGCAGAAACAACAGAAAGGCCCUGAUGGCAAGCUCCCGUACGCUGGCUUCUUCGACUGUGCCAGGAAAGUUGUUCGUGAUGAAGGUUGGCUCAGAUUUUACCGUGGAUUCGGCACCUACUAUGUCAGAAUCGCACCACAUGCAAUGAUCACCCUGAUCGUUGCCGACUACCUGAAAUUGAUCACGGCCUGA